UCCCAACAUUAAUUCAUUGCAUUGAAAAAAAAUGAACAAAGAAAUGCACCUUGUCUCGCUACCCACACAGACACACUGCUCUAAUGCUCAGCCGGUCCAAUGGGGGUGUAAGUUAAUUUACAUGCCGAACGGCGAUCUUAAUGUGGAUAUUUAUUUUAAUUUAAUUUCUCUGCUGCACACACUGCUCGGUCGGCUUUUGUGCCAAAGUCAUAUUAACCUCUGCCUAGUUAAUAUUCAGUCCGCGACGUCGUUCGCGCUUGAUGAAUAUUCAUGCGCUCAGCGAUUCGCUGCUGUUCCCCCGCUCCUCCCAAGCUGCACCACGCAGCGCGGCGCGUAGACAGCGCGAUGGGGACGGCUACAAGGAAGCCAUGUUUGUUGAUGUUCAGUGAAGCUCAAACGUCCCUCGCAUAUCUUGCGCUCUGCGUGUCUCUUGUAAACUGUAGCAUGGCGCACAAGACAGAGUUACCCACGAAAGAGCAGUGCUUGAAAGGCAGGCCGGAGAAAAUGGUCGUGGCAGCGACGCAUGCAGCCAAUGGAAACCCCACCGUGGAGCCCUUCCCACAGGGAAUGGAGAUGAUCAUGUUUGGGAUGGGCUGUUUCUGGGGAGCCGAGCGACGCUUCUGGAAGACUAAGGGCGUGUUCUCCACCCAGGUGGGUUACGCAGGCGGCUCCACCCCCAACGCCAACUAUCAGGAGGUUUGCUCAGGGCUGACUGGCCACACGGAGGUGGUGAGGGUGGUGUUCGACCCCCAACAGCUCAGCCUGGAGAAGCUCCUCAAGGUCUUCUGGGAGAGUCACAACCCCACUCAAGGUAUGUUACAGGGGAAUGACCGUGGCACUCAAUACCGUUCAGCGAUCUACACGUACAGCCCAGAGCAGCAGGAGGCAGCUCUCGCGUCCAGACAGGCCUACCAGCAGGCGCUGAGUGAGAAGGGUCUGGGUGAGAUCACCACGGAGAUCCGAGAGCUCACCGAGUUCUACUACGCCGAGGACUACCACCAGCAGUACCUGCACAAGGUGCCCAAGGGCUACUGCGGCCUCAAGGGCACCGGCGUCAGCUGCCCACUAGGGGGUUCCACCAAGGACGAGCUGUGAGGACCAGCGGGACCGGAGCCUGGAAGAGGAAGAGAUCUCCAAAGCAAAUGAGCGAAGAGACUUCAGAUGCACACUACCUGUAACCUACGCUACACACAUGGGGGAUUCCUCUCUUCUUUUCCAUUGUCUGUGGAGAUACUUUGUUUCCACUAUGAUUCCAUGUUCUUUUGUACUUAAUCGUUGCUAGGAGACAAUCAUCAACAUGCCAAGGCGGCGAUCUUGUCACAUGUCACUGAGCUUCCAUGCAUUCCAUGUGUACAGGGGGUCUGUGUACAAAUGAGUGAUAAAUGUAUUAAAAGAGCAUAUAUUCUAAUAAAUCUCCUCCUCAUGGAUCAAAUAAGCUUUUC